CGCGUCGGCUGCUUCCGGGUUCCGUCGGCAGGAGACGGAGAUGAUCGAUCCGGACCUGAGCCCGACCAGAGACCACCGAGCCGCCGGGUGACGUCAUGUCCAGACACAAGAGUCUCAUCAUCACAGACGCAGACGAGCAGCUGGAGUCUGAGGAUCUGAACCCGUUCUCCUUCAGAGAGUUUCUACGCUGGAAGAACCAGGACCAGGACCCAGAACAAGACCUGGACCAGGAGCAGACUCACAGCGGGGUUCUCCAGAGGGAGCCUGAGGAGGAGGAGGAGGAGGACACGUCUGUGACCUUUGACCCUGAGGUCAGGAGCUGUUUCUUCUCUGAGCCCUCUCUGGCUCCACAGGAGCAGGAGGAAGGGUGGGGGCGGAGCUUCCAGUCAGGUGUAGAAAGCACGUCGUCCCUCUGCACGGAGGAGGAGGAGGAGGAGGAGGAGGAGGAGACCAGGUUCUCCUCCAGACCUGAAGUCCAGCAGGGAGGAGCAGGAGGAGCAGGAGGAGGAGAGAACUAUGAAGGAGAUGAUGAGACCUCCAUGGCUGAAGCAGUCACCUCCUGCAGGAGGAGGAGCAGCAGGAGCAGCCAGAUCCAGCAGCUGAAGGAGGAGAACCUGUCCUUGAGGAGAUCCAUGAUGGAGCUGCAGAGGAGAUCCGAGGCUAACGAGCACAGGGUGGCACAACUGUCGGAGGAGCUGGUCCGGAGGAGGUGUCAGGAGGAGAAGGAGGCUCAGGAUCUGGAGUGCAUGGUUCACUCUGUGGAGCAGAACCUCCACCUGAUGACGAAGCGGGCGUUGAAAGCAGAGGGCUGUGUUUCCAAACUGAAGGUGGAGCUGCAGCAGCUGCAGGGGGAGGUGGACACUCUGCGGUCGGAGAACAACAGUCUGAAGGCAGCAGAGUCUGAAACCGUCAUGACGAUGAGACACAACGCUCAGGUUGCGUCUGAGUACUUGAACAAGACGGCAAGCCACGCCCACUCCUCCAUCCGUCAGCUGUUGGGGGAAGCAGAAACUCUCUGUCUGGUCUCUCAACUGCUGCAGUCCAUCGACAAGAUCUCCAACCUUGACUCAGAGUCCUGAACUCUUCCAGACACCAGAUCUCUUUUGGACUCCUCCAGACCCUCAGACCUCCUUCAGAUCCCCUUUGACCCUCUUCCAGAUGCCGGUCUCUGACAGAGGGGAGGACGUGGUUGUCCUGGUCUCCAAACAGGCGCUUCUUUUUUUUUUAAGUGAAGUUAUAUACCUUUUGAUGACAUCACAGUUGCUGAAAGACUUCUGACUGCUGAUUGGUCGAUUUGUAUUUGCAGUGUCAUAA